CUUUAAGACUUUACAACUUCGCGAUCAUCCACAGACUGUGGCUUCUGGACGUGUGACUAACGAUGACGGCGUGUUCUGAAAGUCACUUUCGGAGGUUUUAGCGCCAUUUGAAAAAAGGGUGAGGCGAUUUCUUCUUCCUUGUCCCCCCUUGGAGACGGAGCCGGUUGGACUCUACCGACUUACUGCAAUAAGACGAAAAAGGGUUUAACGGAAAGGAUGUAUCGCAACUUUGCGGGUCAAGGACGAGGCAACCCGACGCACCCAGGCAGCGUGUCCGAGUCGAACGCUGCAUCCCCGGGAAGCAGCAGCACCUCAGCUACACACCAGGACCAGAAAUAUGCCAUGGCAGGCACCAGUCAGUUUGUACCAAGCCUCAAUGCCAUCACGAGCAGCCAGGACCUCCAGUGGCUGGUCCAACCCUCCCUCAUGCAUCCACCAGGCCCCUCAAGGUCCCCAGUGCCUCCUUACCCAAUCCUCUCGGGGGUACGGACCCUGGGUCCACCACUGUCCCAUUCCCAUCUUUUCAGACCAGGGGUCAUAAGAGCAGCUGCCCACACUCCAGGUUCGACAAGGCGCAGGAACGAUGAACAUUUAUCCCAGGAAGAGAUGGACAGACGCAGAGUUAGAAGGGAGCGGAAUAAAUUGGCAGCAGCAAAAUGUCGCAAUCGCCGACGGGAGCUCACAGACUCGCUGCAAGGUGAGACUGACGAGCUGGAAGAUGAAAAGUCCCGUUUACAGAAGGAAAUAGCUGAAUUAGAAAAGGAGAAAGAUAAGCUUGAGCUGGUCCUGGAAGCUCACCGUCCCAUCUGUAAAAUAGAGGACUCUGAUUCGGAUUCUGACCCAAAUCCAUCAAUUUCCUCUUUGGGAGGCAUCAAAAUGGAGCCAAAGGACUCCAUUAGAUCUGCACCUCGACCUCAAACGAAGAUAGAGAAACCCAAACCGAAGAUAACAAUCCCCACCAAGCCUGUGACCUCAUUUGCCUUGUCUGUUUCCACUGAAUCGGAGUCACUCCAUACCCCAGUACUCACGUCGACUCCCUCACUAAUGGCGUUCACAGCUGGAAUGGUUUUCACCUAUCCCUCCUCCUCAUUGGACACCAAUGCCUCCAUCGCAUCCCAUGCUAGUACAUCACUUCAAGGGAAUGUCCAUCAGCCUCAGGUCCCACAGCCCUGUGGGAUAGCUCAUCGCCGCAGCAGCAGCAGUGGCGACCAAUCAGAUCACUCCCUGCACUCCCCGACCAUCCUCACACUGUGACUGGUGGCCCAUUGAUCCUGGCAAAACACUAAUGUUCGUUUCCACACAGUCCUUACGUGUGUGUGUGACAAAAAGGAUCUCUGAGAAACCUGACGGAAAUGAAAAUAAUGAUAUGAUAACCAAUUCAAAAUUAACCACGUACAGCUGCUUCAUGUCAUCUCUUUAGAAAGUUGAUUCUGUACGUAGAUAGCGUGCAAAUUAGUGGAUUUAUCAGGUUCUGAAUGUUACUCUUUUUUGAGAUUUGAUAUAAAUAUACACUUUAUAUUUCUAAUUUUAAAAAGCUAUAUGAUGUGCAUGCAGAAUAUAUUCACUAAAUAUUCAUGAAAGGAUUAUACAAGCCUUCUAAAAAAUAACUGUGAUAACACCAUCUAAUGAUGUAUAACAGUAAUAAUUCUUAUAUAAUAUUAUACAUAUGUAUAAUUUUUCAUUUAAUGACCUGUUACAUUGUUACAUCACGUUAUGUAACACUUUAUAAAUUUCCUCUGCAAGGAAAAUAGUACUUACAAAUUAAAGGGCAUUAUUUUUGUAUGAAUCUAAUAUAGUCUAUGCAAAUUAUUGACCUCUAAGGCUGGGCCAUAGGAGUUAAUAUAGAUUUAAUAAUCACGUAUUUAUUAUUCAGAGUGUAAUAUAUUUUUGGUAGUGCAUUUUUAAUUUCCCCAGCAAAUGAACUGUUUGGGUGGGCAGUGCCUUAUUUUUAUGUUUUGUCAAAGCUGUACUACUUCACAGAUAAUAAAGAAUAAACGUUCA